GGUCGAUCAGAUUCACAAACUUGGAAUCUUUGGAACCACCAUGGAACCACACUAAGCAGCAACAGCGUGAGCUUGUGUGCGUGGCUUUGGCGGAAUUGAAUUCAAGCUGUCCAUGUGGUCUGUGCACUAGGCAAUAACCUAGUAACGCUCUCCAACGUCCGCCAUGGCUCUCCAUUGCUGGUCCGGAUGGUCCUUGUGAUCACGUUCUUUAGGUUGAGCCUUCAGAGCCUUCUAAUUUUCUGCGCCAGUGCGCACUUGGUGCCGAUCCCAGUGUACGGCAAUCUGCGGAACGAUGGCUACUAUUUCUUGGACCUUUGGGUGGGAACUCCUCCACAAAGGCUGGGGAAGGCCAACAUGACCAGCAGUCUUUUCUGUGAGCAGGUGAAUCCAUGCACGAGCAGCUACUUGUAUGGUUCACAAUGUUCUGUAAAUUCACAUCACUUCUGGGAAAGAAACUAGAGCUGGGCCGGAUCACUCAUCGAAAGCCGUUUGGAGGGUUUCAGUGAUGAUGAGCCUGACUGGUAGCCCUCUUACUGCCUUUGCUUGCUCCAGCUGCGAACGCUGUGCGCAGCAUAUGGACCCUUGGUUCCAGCUCAACCAAAGCAGCACGGCAGAGAUAUUGCCAUGUGCCGACCCGCGAUGCCACCGUGGCUGUGGCAACAGAAACCUGGCCACCAGCAACGCCCCUUGUGAGUACGAGCAACGCUACGCUGAGGGGAGCUCCAUUCGAGGCUGGUGGUUUGAAGACGUCGUGCGUGCAGGGUCUCAACUGAUCGGUCGCAAAAUGAUGGGAUGCCACUCGGAGGAGAAGGAUAUCUUUUCAACGUUGAAAGCCAAUGGAAUCCUCCAGUUGGCGCCAGGAAUCUCAGACACACUGUUGGCAGAGCGAGAUGCUGAUGUCAUCGCCGUUUGUUUGGCAGACUAUGGGGGCAUCGUCACCAUGGGCGGACCCAACUGGUCUUUCCACCGAGGAAGACCAAAGUACAUCAAGAUGAAGCAGCGCAUGAAUUCCUCUAUCUUCGCCCAGGGCCGAAGUGAGAUUCUGGUUCCGUUGACCAGCAUCUCCAUCGGGUGGCAUGUGGUGCCAAUCCAUGGUGAGACCACUGUCGAGAGUGGAACCACACGAACCUACUUCUCCUCUUCGGCAUAUGAUUCCAUCCGGAAGCACAUCGAAAGCUUCUGUCGGCACCGCUGCGGCCUUUUGACGGCCAAGCGGAGCUGUUGGAUCACCAAGCGAUUGCAAUACUUCCCCGCGUUGAGGAUGAACUUCGGCCAUACAUUCCGAUGGGCCCCAAGCGCUUACCUUUAUGCCCGACGGCCAGGUGGUAGCUGGAUGCUUCAUCAGGAGCUGAUUUUCGACUUCCGCCAGGGUCGUUUGGGUGUGGUGCCGGCCGAGUGCCCUCGACAUUUUGCUCGGCCCAUCGAGGUGCUUUGGGACAUGAACUCACAGGUGGCUCUCAGAUGUGUUUAAAAGGAGUUUGGAAGUUGUGUUGUUGUUCUGUCAACCGUUGUUUUCUUGUGUAUGUGUGUGUUAACGUACAGGAUAGGGAUAGAGUCGGAUAGAGGACAUAUGUUGUGGGAAGCGGAACAUCCAGCUGCAAACACACGGGUUGUAGCGGUCAAUGGGUUUUGAAUCGUGAUCUGGAAUUCACUUCACUGAAGCAAACUUAACAAGUGAGGUGGGCCACUCCAAAGAGGACCACCAUUCUGAUGCAUUUGGUCAAAUUCACGUGUCACCGGCUGAGAGAGACUCGAUGAUUGCUGCGGUGUUGAUGCUUUGCUUGGGCCUUCUAAGCAUGAAGUGGUACAAAAGACCCAAAGCUCCAGCUGUUGAGAUGGAGGUCGCACUUGCGAGCCUUGACACGGGUGAUUCACCCUGUGGCGACUACUACGCACUGGACGAUUGAGAAACCGGCCUCAGCCUGGAAGGAUGAAACCUUUGGCCUCCAUGGCACCCUGGUGGAGAUCCAGGAUUUGGACUUGGACGAUGGACCAAGAGGUCGCCACUUGGAGAUGAACUUGGCUUCCACAGUGGUCGGCUUCCACUUCCGAAAAAGCAUGAAAAGCAACGGCAGCUGGACUUCUGAGUCACUGUCCCGAGGAUGCGGAGAUGAGUCUCAAUUCUGUGCGUGAAGAUGUUGGAGAUACCUCAGCUUCAGCUGACCAACGUGUUGUCGGAGUCCGAGACUUGCGCGACCAUGUGUUUCCAUGCUGCAAGGCCACAAGAUCGGCAGCGCCUUUGCGGCAGGAACCUGAAUGUGUUUCUCUGUGUUUCCAGUGCAACUGCGUGAAAAAGAAGGCGCCAUGUGCUAUGGGCAGCCAACUCAGGAAGAUUGGGCGAGUUUGGGGAUCCAUGAUGAUCCAUGUGAUCAGUUGAUGAAUGGGAAAACAUGCAUAUUGCAUGAUUGUUUGUUGAACGUAUCACUUCAUCCCACAAAUGGAUCCAAGCGGCAGGAAUGGCAGCCGACAAUCGUGGUGUUAAGCCGACUUAUGUA